AUGCAUCAUUUACUUUACACACAAUUUUUCCUUUUACUAUAUAUUACAUCAUUUAAUAUCUAUUAUGUAGAAAGUAGUAGUUUAUUAUUAUCUACUGAAACAGGGGAUCAAUCAAUUUUUGAUCCUAAUCAUCCAUUUUCAUCAAAAAAUAUUAUACAAGAUAUAUCAAAUAAAGAUUCAGAGGUAACAUUUACAAAAGUAUUUCAAAAAGAUCAACCAACUCUUGUAUCUCAUCAUACUGCUAAAAAUAUUAAAAUUAUCAAAGGUGAUAAUGAAGGAUACCAUAAUACAGUCACUUCAUUAUUUACAAUAAAAUGUUGUGGUGGUAGUUAUCCAAUACCAACAAAUUCUUCAGUUCAAAAAAAUUUCACUUAUACUGAGGCUGAUUAUGAAAUAGGAGAACUUGAUCCACAAUCUCUAAUCAUUAAACAAGAAAAUAAUGAAGCAUAUUGUAAAUUAUUUAAUGGAAAUUUUACAAUUUCAGAAAAAUAUAUAACACAAAAUCAUUUGUUAUAUUCAUAUAAUGCUACCUGUAAAUGUAAAAAUCAGGAUAACUUUCCUGAUAUUUUAUUAGAUUCAUCUUGUCGACAAUUACCAAAAUGUUUAAAUAAUGGUUAUAGAUCAUUUCAUUCAAAUAAUAAAUGUAAAUGCCCACAACCAUAUUUUGGUUAUAUAUGUGAAAAAAAAUGUGAACAGGGAUUUUUAUAUAAAGAUCAUUUUGGUAGUGAUAUAUGUAGUUGUAAUCCUUAUUAUCAAGGAUCUGAAUGUACAGAAAUAGUUUGUUUAAAUGGUGGUACUAGAAUACAUGAUAAAUGUAUAUGUCUUAAUCAAUUUUUAGGUUACCAUUGUGAAAUUGAUACAAAUAAUACAAUUAUUAAUCCAAGAAUUACUAGAUAUGGUGAUUCUUCAUCUGAUAUAUUUUCAAGAGAUGUUUCUGGAACAGUUUUUUCACUAGUUAUGAUAAUUGUCCUAGUUAUAUCUAUGUAUUUGCUUAUGAAACAUCGUAUGCAAUCACAAAAUAGAUAUAUUCCUAGAAGACCUGAUCUUCUAGGAGGAUAUAUAUUAUCAAUAGGUGGUACCUCAAAUUGUGCUACUACAUCUAAUGUUCAUGGAAAUUCACAAAGACGAGACAUGUAUCAGAUAGAUGGACGUAGGGGAUAUCAAUUUAGAAAUAUGAUUCCUAUUGAAGGUCCACCAGCAUAUUAUUCUCAUGAUCAAAGGAGAAUAAGAAGAGGUGAAAUACUACCACCAUUACCAUCAUAUGAAGAUGCAACUAAACUUCCACCAUUAAGACAUGGUGGAAUAAAUGUAGAAGAUACUAGUGAAAUAAAUGAAACAUCUACAUUAGCUAAUGAAACAAAUCAAGAUCAAGAACCAUCUUCAACAUCCUUGUUAUGUAACAGUGAAAUGCCAGCUUCAACAGAACUUGAUGAAGGCAAUGAAUCUGUUAUAUCUAAAUCUUCAUCAUUAGAUAAUGAAUCAUUAAAUCUUCAGAAUUCAUCAGCAGAUAAAAAAAAUUAUCAAAAUAAUGAUAGCGGGUCCAUAUCGAGUCAACAAAAUACUGAUUCUAAAAAAAUAGUUAGUGAAAAUGAUUAA